AGUCAGACGUUUGUAAGUCAUGGUCAAAUGAGCGAAAUUACCUGUGUAUGCGGUGUCUGUUUGAUGUUUACCUGGCGUCCUAUUUCGUCGUCUGUUCUCAAUGUGCCGUUAAAACUGGGAUUUUAAUGACAGAAAAUACAAGAAAAUGGUUUCCUGCAACGUGAUUGCCCAGGUAACAGACGUUCUGAUUGACCUCAGUACCUACAACACUUCUGAAGGAACGGUUGUUGCUAUUGGCUGUAAACGAUUUGGCCACCGUGUGAUUGGUCCACAAAAUGUCACAUGUCUAAACACUAGCCAAUGGAGUGAUACCACACAACCAAAAUGUGCCUGGACAGGAGAACUAAAUACUUAUGAGAAGUUAGUUAUAGGUGUUGCUUCAUCAUGUAUUAUACUGCUGCUGAUCUGCCUUGUCUUAAUUAUCUCCCUUGUUAUAUACCGGCACAGCCGUCGGAGACACAGGGAUGACAAAAAGAAACCAAUGAUUCCACUUCAUCAACCUCGGAAAAUGAAGAAGACUUCCGGAUUAAAGCUGUUUUUUUUCAACUUGAAGAAUUCUCCUUUAUGUGUAGAGGAUGAUGAUGUAACAACAAAGAAUGUAGAGUUACCUCCCCUGCCAAGCGAUAAAGAUUCUGACUCUGAUAGUGGUCGGUUUCCACCUUACGCUAUUAACCACCAUGUAGAACAUGCUUAUUACCCACCUCCCAAGGAUCAACGGGGCAGUGGUCCGUACAAACACCGAAUAUCACAACCCGACCAAAGGGCAGUUAAGUCUGGCUACAGAAAUACAGAAUAUGAAAACCACAACUACAAUUAUCAGAACGAGAGAAACGGUUACAUCCAAAAUGGCGCCCCACCGUCGGAUUACAGCCGGAGUAAUUAUCAUAACCAGGCAUAUGAUAAUAACGAUCACGAUCAUCGUUACGCUACGGAGAUCACCACAAACCCCUCAAAUCAGGACGCAUAUAAAUGGAAUGGUCAUAUACCACGCCCGAAGUUGGGUCCAGAAGGACGAGAGCCGUUCUAGACUUGCUACCUGGAAAUAUACGGAUCUGUGUCCUAUUAUUUCUUAUCCGUCUACGCAAUUCACACCAAAUUCAACUGGAAAGAGACAACAUUUAGCUCUCAAGUCUCGUAAAUUGUGCCAUUGAAGUCGUGUCACUAUCAUUUUUUUCUAAAAUCUGGCUGUUGAAUUUUGCUUUCAUUUACUACUGAAUUCAUAUGCAAUAAGUAUAUUCAGCUGUGAUUCAAAUAGCAAUAAAAAAAAUAUAUUACUACACUGAUCCAGUAAUAAUCACAUCCCUGAUAUUUAACCCAUCCAUAUUGUCCAUUGAUGUUCAGUAGAAAUACCAGAACAUUCUAUUUUGUUGUCCUGUGAUGAGCCCAGCCCUACAUUGAGAAGGAGUACUACAAUCGAACUUAAUUUGACUCGCUCAAAUUUUGUUGCAAAACCGACUUUAAACAGAUAAGCGGAAUGUUGAAUUAGUGCAUCAACAGUCUUUGCCAUAGAAACCAAUGUAAAUAAAAACUGAACUACAAUUAGCACAAUUAAAAUUUAGCAGAAUGCUUCCAGUUUGAAGAAUGCUAAAAUAAGAUUACCACUAAAAUAUGAACAUUUACAGUAGGUGGUUUGGCAUCCUAACCUAAGGCAGAGACAACAUGAUAUUACAUUGUGAUAUAUACACGCUUACUGCACAAUGAAUAUGGUAAAUUUAAUUAUAUACCGUAAAACCCACAGGGACUUGGAACAAAUUCCCAACCCAUGGUCCACAUGUAUAUGUAUUAUAAUAUCCAUAAUAUAAUACAGAUACAUGUAUAUUUAUUUUUGUGUGUGUUAGGGAUCCAUGCCAAGUCCCUGUGGUAAAAACAUAUUGAUUAGAAUCAUGUUUAUGAAUACCAUAAAAACCAUCAAUUUUUAUCGGAGUCAGAUAAUAUAACACUCCACUUAUUCAUUGUCUUUAUAGAAUUAUAUCUGCAUGUAUUUCAAUAUAACUUGUAUUUCAUCAAAAAGGAAUUUUUUUCUUGUCAGUAAUAUCAUUAGAAACCAUAUAAUAAUUAUUUAUCAUGGUACAUGUACAUAGGUAUGAAAUAACAAGAUAACUUUAUUUAUUAUUUCUCUAAUGGUUUUAUUUCAUUGUAUUAACGAUCAUCUAUAUACAUAUUGUACUGAGCUGGCUAGUCAUAAACUGAUCUGCAUCAAACGCAUUAGAGAAUGUGAUUAUGAUAUCAAUGAUCUGUGUCAAACUCAUUAGAGAAUCAGAUUAGAAUAUUUAGAAUAUCAUUGAUCUGUUUCAAACUCAUUAGAGAAUCUGAUUAGAAUAUUUAGAAUAUCAUUGAUCUGUUUCAAACUCAUUAGAGAAUCUGAUUUGAAUAUUUAGAAUGAAUAUCAUUGAUCUGUUUCAAACUCAUUAGAGAAUCUGAUUAUGAUAUCCAGUGAUCUGUUUCAAACUCAUUAGAGAAUCUGAUUAUGAUAAAGUGAUCUGUGUCAAACGCAUAAGAGAAUCUGAUUCAAAUACAUUAAUAUAAUGCCUCAAAAACAUUAUUUUCACCACAUUUUCAGUCUAAAUAUAGCUCGCCAUUUCUCCUGUGACAUCAUCAAAUAUUUUCAAACAUAAACAAUACACUAGAUAUAGCCUUAUGUCUAGGAAAAAAAACUAUGAUAUGUCAUGUCAUAUGAUGCAAUAUUAUUUUUUAUCACUAUGUUUGAUCUUUUUCAUCAGAUAUUCAAAUGGAGAAAUAAUAUAUAUCGGCUAACCACAGCAUCUCGAUCAAGUCUUCAUUUUUGGAUGGUUGCCUUCAAUGUAUUUUAGUUUUGUAUUUUUGUAAUUUUGUAAGUUUCCGAUGUAAACUUUUGUUCUCAGACCUGGAGAAAAUUAAAAUUAAGUAUUUUACUUUCACUUAUCUAAAAUGUUUUCUUCUUAAGCUGAGUUGAUUUACAGUACAGGGGGUUGUAGUAAGAUGUUUGCAACAAAAAUGAUGUGAUGUAAAUUAUGGAAGCAAAAGACAAAUUCAGAAAUAUUUAAAAUACAUUUACUGAUUUUGAUGUUGUAUAAGUGGGUCAAUCUAAGAUGAAAAUCUCCAGUUUUGACUCGUCGUUUGUAGUUAAGGUGUCACUGUGAUAUGAUUGCUCCAGUUUAAUUAUUGGUGAUUGAUUUUGUUAUUUACAAUCAAGUUUGAAGUUAAUUGCCAAAGACAAUUGAGUUGAUUGACACUACAGGCGAUACAAUUCUUUAACAGAUUUGAUUUCCAGUAUGAAACAGAUACAUAUUUGUCAAAUACUUCUUCAAAGUUCAAUUUUGGAGUUUGUGUAUGUUCAUAUAGAUAUUCAAGCUUUAGAAAUUUAAAGACUCCAAACAUUUAUGUACCUUUUUGGACAAACCAAUACUUUAAAGAUACUGUAUACAUAAAUUCUACAUUUCAUGCUUCUGGAAUAAUUGCAUUUCUUAAACUGUCAAAAACAAUGAAGCCUAAUGACAUUUUGUCUAAUUUAGGGUCCAAAAUCAUGAAUCUCUCUGACAAAUAUCUCCCUACACAAGCCUUCUAUAUGUAUAUAUAUAUAUGUCUACAUACUUCUCUUGGGCUUAGAUUUUGUAAUCUCCAUAAAUUUAAUUUUAGAAGUUAAUUAAUAUGUAUCUCAUUGUACAAUUAUGACACAAAUGUUAAGAAGAUUAUUUUUCAAAUUUUCCUGGUUUUAUGUUUGAAGAUGAAACAUUUUUUUUUACAAUUUUUUUUUCUAUAUAUCUUCAGGAAAAAGUGAUUUAUAGGACCUGUUGGAAAUUACAAACUUUUAAGUAAACUUGAUAGAUGAGGAUUAAUUGCUGAGUGAAUUUAACAUGUAAAACCUACUUACUGGUUUGUAAUGUACAGCAAAUGACAUUAAAUGAGGUCAUGUGUAUGUUUGAUUAACCCCAUUGAAUAGGAAUGCAUGUAUAUAGACUUUAUAGAAAAAUAAACGGGUCAUACAAUAUAUUAAACUUUAAUAUAUAUACAUAAGGAAAAUGGUUAUGUAUCCUUAAUAGAAUGUAUAUGCUACAAUGCAAAGUUUAUUUGAUUCUCAAUACUUUUGAACAUUUUGAUAGAACUAAAAAAUUAAAAUGCAAAGACGCUGAAACCCCAUGCAAACAUUUAUUGAAGAGUCCAGAAAUUGUAAAACUUUCUGAUAGUGUAUUUUUUUACGUUUAUUCCCUCGUAAAAAUCAGGCCAUGUACAUGUAUAUGCCGACUCUGCCCACCGACGACUAUAUAUUAUGUAUGAUGGGUUAGCUACUGUUGUAAUAUCACAGCCAAUGUAAAAGUCUGACCGGUUCUGUCAAUGUUCCGAUUAUUGACGGAAUUUGCCGUGAUAAUUCGAUUAGGACAAGAUAGAUUGCACGAUUUCCAAUUUAAAACAAAUUGGUAAAUAUUUACAUUAGAAAAAAAAAAUGAAAAAAUAAAAAAUCAUUAAAAAUGAAUUACAUUGUAAUGUUUUAUGUCUUCAUGACUGAUAUGGAAUGUUUUUGGUCAUUCAUAAAUACACUUUCAACAUUUCUGAAGGUUUAGUUUAAUUGUUUGUUAAUGUAAAUAUAACUUAAUAUUUUUGAUUUUGUCACUCGUUUCGAAUACAUUAAGACACAAAUAUAUACAUAUAUAUACUUUCAUUAUUAAUCAUGACUUUGGUUGAAUUCAAUGCAAGUAACAUAUGUUUUGGAUUUGGGAAAUUUACCUCCCACCUUUUCCAUUAAAGCUUUUUCAUAUACACUAGCUGAUGUAUGGUAGUCAUUGAUGCGAUAUUAAAACGAAUUUAAAUGUU